AUGUCAACCUUUGUUGACACAUCCGUGGAUCAGGGCAUCAAUAGCCACUUCUUCGACCCGAAAGCCUCCAACGAGACGAUGGGGAGAGAUCUCUCUAGCCCUGUCCAAGCAGUCGGCCCAACUCCAGCUCAAACUUCUUGGUUCACUACCAGACCAGGAGCAACACGGCCGACCAAGGAACAAGAGAAAAACUCCUACUUUCUUAGUCCUCUCUGGCGUGAUACCUUUGGAAGUAAACCUUCCGCGGACAGUAUCCAGGAAAUCGAGAUAUUUGACAACGUUCAACUCGUUGACUUCUUUCCAUCUUUCGAGAACUCUGCAUUUAGAGACCUUGCCCUCGAGAACUGCAUCCUGUCGUAUUACCCUCGAGAGAUCGAAAAGAAUGCUCCUGGUCUUUACUUCCGCACCGACUUGAUCCUGGGUGGCCUGCUGGACGGACCACUUGAGUUCUUUAAAAUGUUUCUCUCCGACUCUGACAUUGUCAUUCGCCUUUCAGCAUUUCUAGGCUUUACUUUGGACCACAAUAAGCCGCUGCAUUUCGAUAAUCUCACGCUUGCUGGAUGUCUGGGUGGCCUGCGCGUCUCGUAUCCUCCUGGAAAUGUACUUCUCGAGAUCGUCUCCGCAGGCAUGCGCAUAACCUUUGAAAACAACAAAAACAAAAAGGAUGGUCAGAAACGGCCACCACCUGAGAGUGGUGAGAUGUCCGAUCCCAAGAAGCUUAAGACGGAGACUGGCUCAUCCAGCGCUCCUGCCGACACGCCAGACAUUCCGCCCAAGCCGAAACCAUCGGUUUCUUCCACUAUCUCGAAGAUUGCGGAUCUUACGGAUCCCAAUAAGUUGAUCGGCGUCGGUUCGGCAGCCUUGACUCACCCUUCUGGGCCUGUAACGACAGGAACGAAUCCACAGCCGGAUACCACUCACGACAAAGGCAAGAGCAGCUUCACUGCUAAAAUUUUUGGCAACAUUCUAUUGCACUUGUACAUUGGACGUGUGGUACCUCUCCAGCUCGAGUAUACAGCGCAGUACUCCCCUGAGAAUAUCCACUUUGAUAUGGUUCUCUCUGAGGGCAAGAGCUGGGACCACGCCUUUGGAAUUGAGAACUUUGAGCUUAAAGACAUUGUGAUCACGGCAGACAUCCCAACCAAGAAUGCCAACAAGGCUUUUGGUAAGAUGGCUGAGAAGGCCGCGUUGGACGAUGGCUUUGCCUGCAAAAUUGAGGGAAGCUGGAACAUGGGCUUCAAGGACCUCUCAUUGAAAGGAGAGAUCUAUUCAUCCACUAAGACACAGGCUAAUAGUUCAUACAUUGAGGCCGUUCUCACGGGUCCCACGUUCAACGACAUACGUCAGGCAGCGAAAAAACUCCAUGACUACGAGGUUCCAGAGCCGAAGCAGGAUAUUCGACUGGACAGCAUGCGCCUCCGCAUCGACUUCAGUGGCAAGUUUGCCUUUUACGGUAUGAUCACUGUGGACGGUGCAACCUUUGAGGCGAGUAUCAUCAUCUCCUCUGGCGGCAUCUUCAUCAGUGGCAAAGCGCAGAAGUUCCAGAUCCCAGAGACGGACUUUUAUAUUAGAGAGGCUAGCCUGGAUCUCUUUAUUGCACGGCGUUCCGAGAACCUCCCUGAGGAUGGGAAAGGCCAGCAAACGGCAGCUAAUGGUAACGAUGAGGGCGUCGAGGGUGGCCAUGAGGCCAAAGAAACAAGCAAAGAGACAAAGAAGUCAGACAAGACAGAUAUUAAACUCAUUCCAAAAUCGGCUGGAAAGACUUCCAUGGACGAAGCCAAAAGGAAUGACUCUCUUUCAGCUGUCCCAGGCAAGAAAGCCGCAACAGACACCAAGUGCACUGACACGCCAGCUACGACUGCAGAUGCAGGGUCGGGAUCAGACCAAAAGCCGAAGAAAGAAGUCAGCUGGUUCUUUGGCUUCAAGGUGUAUGGCAUACUUGUCUUACCAUAUGGCCCGAAAGACCUGGAUGGCGACUACAAAUUCAAGUUCGCCGUAACCUUUACCGUAUCCAAGUCGCCAACAAAGGGGGUAGAAGUGCUGUUGGCAGGCAAAGCCCGCUCCACAGUGUCUUUGCGGGACAUUUGCGGCGAUGCGAUCAAAAAAGACAGUCUCCUUGAUGCACAACUAUCUGAUCUUACGUUUAUGGGCACCAACUCAGAUAACCCAGACGUGCCACCAGAGAUCUCUAGGUUCCCCAUCAAGAAGGGUUUCUACCUGUGCGCUACACUCGAUCGCGUGCCUAUUCUGGAAGACAAAGACCAGAAAGACGGGGGCAAGGUGCUCAAAAAGUCGACAGCGACAGAUCGAGCAUACCUGCGCAUUGGAUACCAGAAGGGGGACAAAAUUCCUAAAAUUACCAUUUUCCUGCCACCAUCAUUCAAGGUGGAGUUUGGCGAUCGGUUCUAUUCUGGUGCCAUCUUUCUGGAGCUUGAUGCCGAGUCAGAUCCUAUUUGCAAGUUUCAUGGCGAACUCUAUAUGAAAGUGGACGAGCCGGGCAAGAAACCCAUUAAAUUCAUCCUCGAGAUAGCUGCCGACCAUAUUGGUGGCUCGAUAGGGAUGAAGAUCGAUGCAUUGGAUGGCAUAAAGGGACCAUUGGGGUUCAGUGACAGAUUUGUCGUAUACUCUCUCCAGGGCCGCGUGAGUGCGAAGUGGGCAAUGCUGCUAUCCACGGGUGCCCUAGAAAGCUUUGGACUUGGUGGCCGUUUCACCAUCGAGGAGGACAGCUACACCUGCGAGAUGCAGCUGGGGACAAACCCGACGCAAACGCUGGUCAAUAUCAAGGCUAAUGCACUUGGUGUCCCGCAGCUCUGCAAAUUCAUCUCCGCAGUAGCCGAUGAGGACAUGCCCGUCCCCGACGUCGACUUUAUCAAUAUACGUGAUUUAGAUAUCUACGUCAGUAGAGGUUGCACAUGGCUCGAUACCUAUUAUCCAAAGGGCUUCAAAUUCAAGGGCAUAAUCAAGCUCUGGGAUUUGGAGGCUUCCAUGGAUGCAGAGUUAAACAGUAUUGGCUUUCACUGCUUGACUAAAAUCAAGGGCUUUGAACUGGGUCCUUUGAAGCUCAGUGGAGCCCUCGAGGGUGAAGAAGGCGCAUCCAUGGAGAUCACGCUCAACCCGAUCAAGCAGUCGUUCUAUCUGAGUGGGCGGAUUGAAAUUUUCGAAGUUUCGUGCGCCUGCUUCGUCGACUGCCAGUUUAUGCCAUCGCCCAAGUUCGUCUUUGACUUUGAGCUCAAGUGGAGUGCUGGUCUGCUUGUGAAGGUGCACGCUGAGAUGCAUCAGCGCAGGAAAACAGAAAGUGGCAAAAAGGACAUCGCGACAGGAAAGGAGCUGAAAGGCCAUCCCGGAGGCUCUGACUGGGAGAUCUACGCCUUGAUGGAGCAGUCUAUCAUUGCACAGGUCAAGCAGGGCAUUCUCUCGGCUGUAGAUAAUACGCACAAAGCCAUGGAAAAGGGUAUCAAAAGCGCCAUGGAUGAUGUUGAGCGUCAAAAAGAGAAUUGGGAAAGAGAUUGCCGCGAGGCCAAGGAGCGUCUGGAUGCCGCGCACAAGAAGCUACAGGAAGAAAUCGACCGUCUUGAUCGCGAGAUUGAGGAGGCGCAAGACAACGUUGAGAAAGUCAAGCAACGCAACGAGAAAUACACAUCUGACGAGCGAGCCAAGUGCAGUGGAAAGCAGGCGCAGGCGGAGAAAGAUCGUGCGGCUCGCCUCGAGCCCAAAGCUGCUGCACGUCGCAGCGCAGAUGAAGACAAGGAGAACCAAGAGCGUAACCGGGAAUGGAAGAUGCAGGAGGCGAGGAACAAGCGCACCAAUACACGCGAUAGUUUCUUUUCCAAGUUUGGCAAUGCAAGCGCCGUGAUUGACAACGCUCUGCGAGAUCUGAACAAUGCUGAGCGUGAAGUCAACAGACUCAGCUGGGAGGCCGAUCGACUCGAGGAUCGCAUCAGUCACGAGUGGUGGCGUGUCGACCUGGAGGCCGAGUACCUGGCGAAACGGAACGCAUGGGCGUUUGCAAGAGGAGGCCUCCUCGUCUAUGAGGGCAUCCUCCGCGGCGCGCGUGAGAUUGUUGAUAGCCCUCUGUUCCGCCAGCUGAAAGAGGCUAUGGAAGCGGCCGAGCAAUACCUCAACACCGUGGGUGACCAGAUCCGCUCCGCCUUGGAGACGGCAGGCCGUAUCGCAUCGCUUGCGUUUGAUGAGCUACAGAGGACGAUCAGGGAAGAGGACUUCAACUUCGAUAGUCUCAUGAAGCAUGCCAACAGCCUAGUUGCAGACGUCGAAAAGGAAUGUCAGAAGUACGAGGAAGAGGCACGCGCGCGUAGCAUAGUGCUAGAUAAGCAGAAGCAGAAGAUGGCCAGUGAGUUCAAGCAGGUGGGCUACGUGGCAUUGGAAGAAGCCGUCGAGUUUGCGCGCAAGAACAACAUUGCCUUGCUCGCAGCUGAGAAGGCUCUUGCUGCCUUCAGUGCGCUGGAGAAAGCAGCCUAUAACGCAAUUCGUGACUUUGUCGCAGCAACAUUAGACGCCAUGAUUGACAUCCAGCGCAUCGAGCUCAAGGGCAUCAUUCGGGCUGAUGAGUCAGAUCAAGAAGCUUUCCACCUAAGCAUCAAGGGACGCCUAGGAAACAAAGACUUUGCUGUUGAGGAGAGCUGGAUGCCUAACAAGACGCAUAUCUUUCUAGCGAAGAUUGGUCUGCAUGCUGUGGCGAGCAUCACCGGGUCCAGUAUGGACCAAGAGAUCAAGGCUCUUGACGAGGAGAUGAAGAACAAAUGA